AUUGAACCGUAUCGAUUCAGAGCAGCAGUGUGUAUGUGUGUGUGUAUAUGUGUGUGUAUGUGUCAGAGGCAGUGAUUCAGCGGGCUACAGAGACUCGGAGCUCACCAUUUUACCCGAUCUGUGUGAAGGACAACAGCGUGUGCGAUGUGUUUCUUACGUUUCUGACUGAAUUCGGAUUAAAAAGCCAACAUGACGGUGGAUUUUGAGGAGUGCAUUAAAGACUCGCCCCGGUUCAGAGCGAACAUCGAUGAGGUGGAGACAGAUGUGGUGGACAUCGAGGCCAAACUCGACAAGCUGGUGAAGCUGUGCAGCGGGAUGAUCGAGGCUGGCCGAGCGUACACCAAUGCUAAUAAACUCCUCAUCAACGGCAUCCGAGAUCUCUCGCACCACUGCAAGGAGGAAAUGAUCUCUGAGUUUCUAGAAAAAUGUGGCGAGAGCCUUCAGGAAAUCGUCAACUACCACAUGAUCCUCUUUGACCAAGCCCAGAGGUCCAUUAAGCAGCAGCUGCACAGUUUUGUCAAAGAGGAUGUGCGCAAGUUUAAGGAGACAAAGAAGCAGUUUGACAAGGUGCGAGAGGACAUGGAGAUAGCGCAGGUGAAAAACGCUCAGGCUCCUCGCAACAAGCCGCACGAGGUGGAAGAAGCCAGCAGCACGCUUGUCGUGAGCCGGAAAUGCUUCAGACAGCUCGCCCUCGACUACGUACUGCAGAUCAACGUUUUACAGGCCAAAAAGAAGUUUGAAAUCCUCGACUCAAUGCUGUCCUUCAUGCAUGCACAAUACACGCUGUUCCAGCAGGGAUACAACCUUCUGGAUGAGCUUGACCCCUACAUGAAAAAGCUUGCUGCUGAGCUGGAUCAGCUGGUGAUCGACUCGGCCAUGGAGAAGAGAGUGAUGGAGCACCAGCACGCCGUCAUCCAGCAGCGGACUUUGAUGCAGGACUUCGCCUGCGAUGAUUCCAAGGUGGAAUUCAACGUGGACGCUCCGAACGGGAUUGUGAUGGAGGGAUAUCUGUUCAAGCGAUCUACAAAUGCUUUCAAAACAUGGAAUAGACGAUGGUUCUCUAUACAAAACAGCCAGCUUGUCUAUCAGAAGAGGCUUAAGGAUGCUCUUACAGUCGUUGUGGAGGAUUUGAGGCUUUGUUCCGUCAAACCUUGCGAGGACAUCGAACGGAGGUUCUGCUUCGAAGUGGUGUCACCUACAAAAAGCUGCAUGCUGCAGGCCGAGUCUGAGAAGCUGCGGCAGGCCUGGAUUCAGGCUGUGCAGGCCAGCAUCGCCUCAGCCUACAGAGAGAUCACAGAUAACUACUAUAUAGAGCAUUUGGACAGGACGGCGUCUCCCUCCACCAGCAGCAUCGACUCGGCCAGCGAGCCGCGGGAGAGGAGCGUGAGGGGAGAGAGUGUGCUGCAGAGGGUGCAGUCGCUCCCGGGAAACGAGGUGUGCUGUGACUGCGGUCAGGCCGAGCCACGCUGGGCCAGCAUCAACCUGGGCAUCCUGCUGUGCAUCGAGUGCUCCGGCAUCCACAGGAGUUUAGGUGUACACUGCUCCAAGGUUCGCUCUUUAACACUGGACUCCUGGGAACCAGAACUAAUGAAGUUAAUGUGUGAGCUUGGAAACGCGGUAAUUAAUCACAUCUACGAGGGAGCCUGUGAAGAAAGAGGUCUGAAAAAACCCGGACCCAACAGCUCGAGGCAAGAGAAAGAGGCCUGGAUCAAAGCUAAGUAUGUGGAAAGGAAGUUCCUAAAGAAAAUGUGUGGCUUAGAGGCGCUGGUCGAAGGUGGCAGGAAGUCUCAUCACUGGCACGUGAAAAAGUGCAGAAGGAACAACAGCGCCAUCGGAGCAGCCAAGACUCGACACAAAUACAGACACGAUGGUGGAAGCGUGUCACCGGCUAACUUAUCCGCAGCUGCUGCAGCAGCCAAAUUCCGCAGGGAAUCGCUUUUCUGUCCCGACGAACUGGACUCGCUAUUCUCCUAUUUUGACACUGGAUCCGGGCCGCGCAGUCUCAGUAGUGACAGCGGCCUCGGCGGCAGCACAGACGGCAGCACUGACAUCCUGGUGUUCGGCUCGGUGGUGGACAGUGUCACAGAAGAGGAGUGUGAAGACUCGGAGGAAUCUAGCGGAGAGGUGGAGGUCGAGCAGGAGUCAUCAGACCCGGAGGACGUACGGGAGCUGCAUCCAAGCGUGCUUCUCUAUAAAGCCUCACAAGCCCGGAACAUGCCUGUCAUGGCUGAGGCAUUAGCACACGGAGCGGACGUCAACGCCGUUAACGAAGAGAACGAAAGCAGGAGCCCUUUAAUACAGGCUGUCACGGGGGGUUCUUUAAUAGCCUGCGAAUUCCUGCUGCAGAACGGAGCUGAUCUGAAUCAGAAAGACGCGCGAGGACGAGGCCCGCUUCACCAUGCAACGUCUUUGGGCCACACAGGGCAGGUGUGUCUGUUCCUGAAGCGAGGAGUGUGUCAGACGGAGGUGGACGAGGAUGGUCAGGACCCUCUGAGCAUUGCUGUGCAGGCGGCUAACGCAGACAUUGUAACUCUGUUGCGGUUGGCUCGGAUGAACGAGGAAAUGCGGGAGGCGGACGGACACCUCGGACAGCCAGGUCAAUACCUGGGCAGCAGCCCCACCGAGCAGCAGUACAAGAAGUGCAUUCAGGAGUUUAUCUGCCUUACCAUAGACGAGUGCUAGGGGGAGCUCCUGAGAAAAGCUAGGGGGAAAAUGUCCAGUAGCAACAAAUCGAGGCGUUGUUAAGACUGAGUGAAGACGCCUCGUCUCUCACUACGAAUAAUUGUUAAGGAACACAUCUUCGGUCACAUUCCUGACAGUUGUGUACUGCUAUACAGAUGUAUUUUCGAUCUUUAUGGUAAAUAUGUAGCCUGUCUCGGUCCACAAAGGUAUUUAGGAAAAAUCAACAUGUUCUAGAUGUUAGCAGAGUAGUGGCUAUGGAACGUUCAGUACUCAACCCCACACUGAGCGUCCGGGCUUACUAGUGGUCAGUCGCAGGUAGUUUGCCGUCUAGCUGAUGUUUUCGAAUCCGAUGGUAGACUUUCUGCGGUAAUAUUUUGCCACCGUGUACAAAUCCGACUGCGUGCACUUUUCCUAUCGACAGUAUUUGUAUAUGUUUUGUUUUUGCGUGUAUUUUUAUUUAUGAAGUUCCGCCCGGUGGACUAGUGCAAUGGAAACUGGAAUACAGGAAAUCUGUAUUUUAUUUUACACUUUUAGUUCCAAGCUUAAUCUAAUUCACUUUCGGAAGUGCUCUCUCAAUGAUUGAUUUUAAUUUGAAGUCCUGUAAAUUGCAGGUCUUUUCGAGCUCCUUUAGAAUAAUCCCAGAUGCCAGUUAAGCUAAAUAAUUUAUCAAAGCUAAUGUAAUAUGUUUUGUAUAUUUGUACAAGUCCCCAAAAUGACAUCAUGUGAUUUAGUUUCCCCUGAGUUGCUGAUAGUUGGUUUCUGCAUGCAGAACAUGCUCGCUCGCAUGCCCAUCCUCGUUUUCUAGAAAUGCAUGAGGUUUUUCGAUGGCAUCUGUUGCCAUGCGGUUCGAAACACAGUCGAUUGAGGUGUUUGGUUUUGUUUUUUUUAACGUACGUCAGCAUGAACUUCACCGGUGUUUUGACCUUCAGCCCUGGACAUGAUGCAGUUAGAAGUGGAAAAUGCAGUGUUAUGUGAUGAUGGUCAGCUAUAAAAUCCAUACAUCUGAAGACGAAUGGAACUGAUCAUGCUUGAGGCAUUUUUUUUUGUUUAGACAAACUGCAGGGGGCAAACUCAUCCUGUUUAAAAGAAUCAUAAAAGAGUAACAUGAUGAACAUGUUCUGUCUUUGGGAGUGUGUUUAACAUGAACAUGUACAAUUUCCUCUGAAUAACUGUGGUGUAAAUACGCGUUACUGUUCCCUCCUGCUUGCGCUCUGCGUUCUACUGUGGAUCCUUUGCAUCAGUCUGUACAAUCUGUUUAAAAGUCCUGUAUUUGGAGAUAUUAUUUACGUAAACUGAAAUCGCAACCCGUUGAAGAAGAAAAACGAAAAUGCUGAAAGAAUAAAACUAUGAUGCUUUCGGACUCCUCGCUCUGUGCUGCGCUUGGUCUUUAUUCCUGUUUUCAGUGCGUCUCUUUGUAGAAUAAAAAAGCAUUUAGAAGUAUAAAUGAAGGAAAAAUCUAACGUUUUUAAAAAAAAUACAAUAAAGUGAGUCAUGGUGAACUCUUGUGUGAAUUGAAAUGCUACAGAGAGACGUACAGGCUGGGAUCUGUGUGUGUUUGUGUGUGUGUGUGUGAGAGAGAGAGAAAGAGAUAGGGAUUCUGGUCUGUGGGUUAAUGCUCAGUAAAGCUCUCUGUGCAUUAGUGAGAGUGAUUGUAAGGGAUUGUAUUUGGAUCGCAUCAAAUCAUUCUCUGUCAGUCAUUCUAAACAGAAGUCUAGCAUAAUGCUACGCUGUAUAGUUGGCUGGUUAAAUGUUCUCUUUCCGCUUCAUGUCCUUUGAUGAUCCCACAGUUUGAAGGGGUUAAAAACACAUACAUGGAAAGCUUAACGUCAAGUUUUCCUUGUCUUAUGUCAGUUUUGUUCUCUUUAUAGAUGCCAGUCUUCCUCAGAGCCCUCAGCGGGUAAAGCACAAGGAAAAA